GGCUCGGCAUCCCUCAAGCAAAUAAAUCUUUCUUGCUCAAGCGAAGAAAAGCUUCAGAUUAAGGUUGAUGAUGAUGGGUUGCGUUUCUCGUUCUUGUUGGAUCGUCUUCAUGGCGGUCCUCGCCAUGGCUUCUUCAACUUCGGCUUCCCUCCACUUGGGUUUCUACCGGAAGACGUGCCCGUCCGCGGAGGCCAUCGUGCGCAGAACCGUGAGUGAGGCGGUGGCCAACAACCCCGGCCUCGCCGCUGGGCUUAUCCGGAUGCACUUCCAUGACUGCUUCGUUAGGGGAUGUGAUGCUUCGUUGCUGCUGAAUUCGAGUCCGGGGAACACUGCGGAGAAGGACGCGCCACCAAACAACCCCAGCAUGCGAGGCUUCGAAGUGAUCGACGCAGCGAAGGCGGCCGUCGAAGCACGCUGCCCGUCCACGGUGUCGUGCGCCGACAUCAUCGCCUUCGCGGCGCGGGACUCGGCCUACCUGGCCGGCGGCAUCGACUACCCUGUGCCCGCCGGAAGGCGCGACGGGAGGGUGUCACUGGACUCGGAGGCUCUAACCAACAUCCCCUUGCCUAACCUCACCGCCGCCGGGCUGAGGGACAGCUUCGCCAAGAAGGGGUUGUCGGUGGACGAGAUGGUGACGCUUUCGGGAGCCCACUCCAUCGGCCGCGCCCACUGUACCGCCUUUGCGCCGCGGCUGUACAACUUCAACGCCACCCAUACGCAGGACCCGUCGAUGGAUCCCGCCUUCGCGGCCUACCUGAAGAGCAGAUGCUCGCCUUCCACUGUGGACUUCACCAGCAAGGACCCGACGACGGUGCCGUUGGACGCGGUGACGCCGAGAAGGCUGGACAACCAGUACUACAAGAACCUGGCGAAGCGGAGGGGGUUGCUGUUCUCGGAUCAGACGCUGCAGGCGAGCCGGCUGACGGCGAGGCUGGUGCGCCUGGACGCGAAGCUGGGGUCGGUUUGGGCGGCCAAGUUCGCAGCGGCCAUGGUGAGAAUGGGCCACAUCGAGGUGCUCACGGGAAGCCAGGGGGAGAUCAGGAAGAUGUGUGGGGUGGUGAACAAUCGCCCUUAGCCUCUUCUCUUCAUCAUAUGUUUGCACAAAUGUCAACGCAUCAUUUUGUUAGUUCUUUUUCCCAUUGAAAACAAGUCCAUGCACGAUUUUGUUGUAAGUGUUUAAGCAAAUUAUGUUCGAUCUGUGUUCUUUUAAUUUCAAUGAAAGUUCUUUCGUUAGUAAUUGCAGCUUCACAA